AUGAGGCUCAUAUUUUAUGUUAUUGCUAUGAUGAUUGUCAACGAAGUCUCUGCAAAUGCUGAAUAUUUUUGUGGCCCUCAAAAUAGUUCUUUUGUGCAUCGUCUAUCCAAAUGGUUCACAAGUUUUUGCUCUCAAGACGAAAGUAAUCAUAUUUUUCCUGAAUUAAAGGCAGUAGUUGAAGCUAGCCAUUGUGGUCUUGUGUGGAUCUUUGGCAAGUCCUUUAAGUGCAGCAUUGGCAAUCAAUCCGAAGAAAAUUCAACUCCAGCAAGUAUUCUGACCACCCUUCCAUCAACAGAAAGUCCAAUCACAACGGUUCCUGCCCAGCUAGCUGCGAUCAACCCUCCAUCCAACCAACCACCUUCGAACGUUCCUUACGGAGGGCAGUUCCCUCCUCAAGGUCCCCCUCCUCCGGGUCCACGGUAUGAACAGAAUUACAGGUUCUCUCCUUUCGGAGGACCUCCCUUAGGUAGUCAAUUUCAAGGUCCACCAUUCUAUCGUCCUCCCGGUCCACCAUUUUAUCCUCCUUAUCAAGGUCCUUACGAUCCCCCACUGAGGUCCAAGCGAUCAUUUGAUCAUCUGAUUUUAUGA